AUGUUUAAGGCAGCAAUGUUGCUUUCUCAUCAAUAUAAUAUAACAAUCGAAGGAGAAUUCAUAGGAUGGCAAGCAGAGCAAACUACUGGUAAUAUAAUAGAUGCUAUGCACAUUAUGUGUCAUGCAGUAUCUGUUUCAAAUGUUGUUGGUGUCGUUGGCCCAUGGUUAUCAAGAGAAGCUCAGGUAAUUGCUCCUUUUGGUGAAAAACUUGGUAUACCUGUUAUAUCAUAUUCUGCAACUAAUCCUGGUUUAUCUGAUCAAAAUGCUUAUCCUAACUUUCAUCGUACAGUUGCUUCGGACUUUGUAGCUGCAGCAGCCGUUGCAAAAUUAUUUAUUCGAUAUAAUUGGACAUCAUGUACAAUAAUUUAUCAAAAUGAUGCAUUUGGAACUGGCGGAGCCAAUGCUAUAAGUGAAGCAUUUAAUGAUAGUCGUUUAAUAGUCAGCCAAAUGAUUGUAUUUGAUAUUGCUACACGUAGUAUUCGUGGUGAUUUGAAAAGUCUUUUAACUAAUGCUGCAACACGAAUGGUUGUUGUAUGGGCUGAAUCACUUUAUACAUAUCUGAUUUUGCAAGAGGCUCUUGCCUCUAAUGUAGUUGGUCCACAAUUUACAUGGAUACUAAGCAGCAGUGUUUCAUUAAAUUCUUUCAAUCAAACAUUUUAUGAAAACUUAAUUGGAAUGCUUUUGAUUGAACCAGCUGUAGGAUCAGUUGUCAAUGCGCCAAUUAAUGCAACAUUAUUAAGUGCAGCAUAUAGUAUUUGGCAACAAUAUGAGCUUGAAUCAUUUCCUGGGUCUAUGAAUGUAGAUAAUUAUGCAUUAUUUACAUUUGAUGCAACAUGGACAUUAAUUCAAUCAUUACAACAAUUGUGUACAUCAAAAAUAAAUAUUUCUUCUUCAUGUUUAUCAUUUAUUGAAUCUUCAUUUUGUUUUGAUCGUCGUUUCAUUCAUUCUAACUUAUUGUUAGAUGUAAUUAGUAGAACAGAAUUUCUUGGUGUAUCUGGUCCUAUACAAUUUAGUAUGAAUGUAACAGAUCGAAUAACUGGUUUGUAUUAUUCUGCAAAAAAUGCUCAACCUUCUUCGAAUGGUUUGAGUUUUGUUUCUGUAUUAGAAUAUUCUCAUCCUGGUGAUUGGAGAAUACCUACAAAAGAAAAUGUUAUAAUAUGGCCGGGCAAUUCAUUAACGCAGCCUAUUGGCGGAACACUUCUCAAAGGUGUAAAUUUACGAAUAGGUGUUAUUGAAUCAGUUCCAUUUACAAUAGUUGAAAAGAUCAAAGAUGCAUCUGGACAAAGUACAAUACAGUAUAGCGGUUAUGUACACGAUCUUAUUAAACUUUUACAAAAUAAAAUGGAAUUUAUUCCAAUUAUUGAAUUAGCAUCACCAAAUCAAACCUAUAAUGGAUUAAUUCAAGCAGUACGUAACGGUGAUUAUGAUAUAGUGAUAGGUGAUGUGACAGUUACUGCUACACGAAGAAAAUUAGUCGAUUUUUCCAAUACUAUAUUUGAUAAUUCUUUACGUAUUAUUAUUCGAAAAACAACCGAUGUCAAUAUUGACCUGUUCUCAUUCUUAAAACCAUUUUCAUGGAAUCUCUGGUUAUUACUUUUAUGUACUUUAAUCUAUGCUGGUAUUUUAAUAUAUAUAAUAGAGAGACAAGAUAAUGAAACAUUACAAAAUCAAUCAAUAUUGUCUCAAAUUGCAAUGUAUGUGUGGUAUUCUUUUGGUAAUAUUGUUGGAUAUGGUGUAGAAUUUCAUACAAAUACAGGUGCUGGACGUUUAUUAACUGCUGGUUUAUAUAUCUUAAGUUUGAUAUUAGUAGCAUCAUACACUGCAAAUUUAGCAUCUGAUCUGACAAUAGCAAAAUCAAAAUCUAUUAUUUCUGGAAUUGAUGAUAUUAAAAAUGGAAAAAUACCAUUUAAUCGUAUUGGUAUUCUUGUAGAUUCAGCUCCUGAAGAGUAUUAUUUGAGAGAAAUAUCUAAUGGUGCUCGAAAUUAUUACCCGUUACACUCUCUAAACGAAGCAUAUUUUAGUCUACUUACAAAUAUGAUUGAUGCAGCCUUUUGGGAUAGUGGUGCUGUUGAAUAUGUCACAAAUAAUAUAUUUUGUAAUUUAACUUUAAUUGGAAAUGAUUUUGAUAAAAGUGUAUUUGGUAUUGUUACUCCUCAGAAAUGGUUAUAUGCACAAGAUUUAGAUGUAAAUAUUCUAUCAUUAAGAGAAGCAGGUGAUAUAGAGAAAUUAAGACAAAAAUGGUUUCAAGCAAAGACGUGUUCUGACUCAUCUGAAAUAUCAACUGCGAUCAAAAUUGAAGCAAUGAGUGCCCUAGUGAAACUACUCAUCAAGCGAGUACGACUUGCCAGCAUGAGUACUCAAGUUACUCGUACGAGUACUUGA